UCUUAUUCUUUCUCGUCAACAGAGGAAUGUUUUUGGGGAUUGUAAUAAUUUUUUAUAUAUUUUAAUUUUUAAAGAAAGAGAUAAGAAAUGAAAAGAAGAAACUGAAUCUCUUACUGUUUAUUAUGCAUAGAGAAAGUAUCUAAAAAUCCAAAAGCUGCAAGUAAAACUGAAGACUGAAGAGAGAAAUGGAACUCAAAAUGAUCCAAAACAGUGCUACCAAAAUAUAUUGCCCAUUACUUCACAGCCUGUAAGAAGUCUUCAAACUCUGUUGGAAGCCGACAAUUCAAGAUAAUUCUAAGCACCCCAUGUGGGAUUUAUUUUUCUCCCAUCAAAUCUAGUCUCACUUUGUUCUUCACUUAAUAUUUUUCUCUGCUGUUUCUUCUGAUAUAGACCCACUUUCUUCAGAAAAAAGAAAAAAAAGAAACUUGGCUGAAAUUUUGUGGGAUUUUGGUUCUCAUCAUCAUGUGGAAAUCAGAGAAUGAAUCUCUUAGUGGCAGAGAUUAUGGUAACGGAGUGCUUAGCUCCACUAAACAUACUGUCAAAACUGAUGGAUUUGAGCUCAGAGGCCAAUCUUGGUAUGUUGCUACUGAUAUUCCAAGUGACUUUCUUGUUCAAAUUGGAGAUGUUAAUUUUCACUUGCACAAGUAUCCUCUGCUUUCAAGAAGUGGAAAGAUGAAUAGACUGAUAUAUGAAUCUCGUGACCCGGACAUCAACAAGAUUGCCUUGGAUGAUCUUCCGGGAGGACCGGAGCCGUUCGAGCUAGCGGCAAAAUUCUGCUAUGGGAUUGCAGUUGAUCUAACAGCAGCCAAUAUAUCCGGCCUAAGAUGUGCUGCAGAGUAUCUUGAGAUGACAGAGGACUUAGAAGAAGGCAAUCUUAUCUUUAAAACAGAAGCCUUUCUUAGUUAUGUAGUUUUGUCGUCCUGGAGAGACUCGAUAAUCGUAUUGAAAAGUUGCGAAAAGCUCUCGCCAUGGGCAGAAAAUCUUCAAAUUGUGCGAAGAUGUAGCGAGUCUAUAGCUUGGAAGGCUUGUGCAAAUCCUAAGGGGAUAAGAUGGGCGUAUACUGGAAAACCCCCUAAAGUUUCCAGCCCAAAAUGGAAUGAUGUGAAAGAUUCAAGUCCGAGUAGGAACCAACCUGUUCCUCCUGAUUGGUGGUUUGAAGACGUUUCGAUUCUCAGAAUUGAUCACUUUGUUAGGGUUAUUACAGCCAUCAAAGUAAAGGGUAUGAGAUUUGAAUUGAUUGGAGCUGCAAUAAUGCGUUAUGCGACGAAAUGGCUUCCAGGUUUGAUUAGGGAGAGUUCAGGACCUGGAGAUGAAAUAAGCAGCUGCAGUGCCAGUAAUAGUAAUAGUAGUAGUGGUAGCAGUUGGAAAGGUGGACUUCAUAUGAUCGUGGCAGGGACUAAAGAGGAUCCUCCAACUGUCCAGGCCAAAGAUCAAAGGAUGAUCAUCGAGAGCCUCGUCAGCAUAAUUCCGCCACAGAAAGACAGUGUGUCAUGUAGCUUUCUACUUAGGCUCUUGAGAAUGGCAAACAUGUUAAAAGUAGCGCCUGCGUUGGUUAAUGAAUUGGAGAAACGGGUGGGGAUGCAGUUCGAGCAGGCGACAUUGGCUGAUCUUCUUAUUCCUACUUAUAAUAAAGGAGAAACUUUAUAUGAUGUGGAUCUUGUACAGAGGCUUUUGGAGCAUUUUCUUGUUCAAGAACAGACUGAAAGUUCAAGUCCUAGUCGGCAAUCUUUUUCGGAUAAACACAUGUAUGAUGGAACUCAAAGGGUUAAUAGCACAAGUGCUAAGAUGAGAGUGGCAAGGCUGGUUGAUAGUUAUCUCACAGAAGUGGCCAGAGAUAGAAACCUCUCUUUGACAAAAUUUCAGGUAUUGGCUGAAGCUUUACCGGAAUCUGCGAGGACCUGUGAUGAUGGACUUUAUAGAGCAGUUGAUUCCUAUCUUAAGGCUCAUCCAACACUAUCUGAGCAUGAAAGGAAGCGGCUUUGUCGAGUGAUGGAUUGCCAGAAACUCUCAAUUGAUGCAUGUAUGCAUGCUGCACAAAAUGAAAGACUCCCUCUAAGAGUUGUGGUACAAGUCCUCUUCUCUGAACAGGUAAAGAUAAGCAAUGCAAUAGCAAACAACUCACUGAAAGAAGCCGGCGAAAGUCAAUACCAGCCCAUGAUAUCAAACAGAAAAACACUACUUGAGGGGACACCACAGUCAUUCCAAGAAGGAUGGGCAGCCGCGAAGAAGGAUAUUAAUACACUCAAAUUUGAGCUUGAGAGCGUGAAGGCGAAGUACCUUGAGCUCCAAAAUGACAUGGAGAAUCUGCAGAGGCAGUUUGAUAAGAUAUCAAAGCAGAAACAAACAUCAGCAUGGAGUAGUGGUUGGAAGAAAUUGAGCAAACUCACCAAGAUGACACCAUUGGAAAACCAGGAUAUUGGACCUCAUCUUCAAACUACUGCAGACCAGACUAGAAAGACACCUAGAAGAUGGAGAAAUUCAAUCUCUUGAUUGCCAAGGAAUACCUCUACAUUUCUAUUCAGUGUUAUAUUGUUAAUUUUGCUUUUGCUUUUAUGAUUCAAUCUCUCUCUGUGCUUUUUCUUUUUUCCCCUUUAAUUUCUAUUUUUUCUUUCUGGGCAAGUGCAAGGUUCUUUAUAGAAAUUACUUUCAAAACAAGAAAAAGAGAAGUAGUACAAUUUGUUAGCCAAAUGUUUGUCUAUUGUGAGUGAGUUUGCUGCUAUUUUCAUUUCAUGUAAUUUGGUUUUCAAAGAGGAAGCUACUGUGAUAUACCCUACAUAAUGCCAUAUGGUUUCU